AUGCUGGCCUGGCUCAGGUCGGGUCAGUCAAGGGGCCUGGAGGGUCAGUCAAGUGGUGUGUGGUCAGUGCCAGAAAAGACAAUACUGUACGUACUGUGGAACAUGGGUACUUGUGGCAAGUGCGCCAUACAGUGUGUAUUAAAAGCAGCGGCAGGCGCCAUGGGGGACCGGAGAGAGGAGGGGGGAGAAGAGAAGCUCCUGCCCGUAUUGGACAGGCUGCACCUUCUGGAAUACCACGGGCUCCCUGACGAAACGCCUCCACUUUCCCAUCGCCACCCAAAGCUGCCACCAUUCCACGGCUUGUUACAGACCCUCGCACAUGGCUAA